CCAUUCUGUAACCGUCUUCCCAUUUAGGGCAAAAUGGGAAAUUGGUAUUGCUGAGUCCUAUAAAAGUGAUGCUUAAUGAGCCACACUUUUCUCAAUAAAGAAACAGGCCGAUUGGGCUGUUCUAGGAGUGUCCAUUGCUCCCUGCUUUCCAAGGGUUUCCAAACAACUGUUGAGGUGUGUCUUAUGGCUAAUAACCUCUUUCACCUGUAGAAAUUCAGUAAUAGCUCCACCCACAGUGCUGAUUGGUUUUCUUGGUGAGAAAGGAAAUUCCCAUUGGAUGGCAGCAGCUUGUCAGUCAUACUUUUGUCCUUCUCAGAACUGUAUUAAUACCAAGUGCUCUAAGACAGGCUUUUAUACCCUUGUGUGGGUGAGUUCUUGCUUCAAUAGUGGUUGUGGAGAGUCUCUUUCAGUUGUAAGUGUUUGUGGGUGUUUUACACCUAAACCUUAUAGGUAAGGCAAUGGAGUCCCAGGUGCGCCAGAACUUCCAUGCUGACUGUGAGGCUGCUGUGAACCGCAUGGUGAAUAUGAAGCUGUAUGCCAGCUAUGUCUACCUGUCUAUGUCCUACUACUUUGAUCGUGAUGAUGUAGCCCUCAGACAUGUAGCAAAGUUCCUCAAGGAGCAGUCCCAUGAGGAGAGGGAGCAUGCAGAGAGGUUCCUGACCUACCAGAACAAGCGAGGGGGACAAGUUAUCUUGCAGGAUAUCCAGAAACCAGAACAGGAUGAGUGGGGGAACAGCCUGGAGGCCCUGCAAUGUGCCCUGCAGCUGGAGAAGACUCUGAACCAGGCCCUGCUGGACCUGCACAAGCUGGCUACUGAGAAGAAUGACCCCCAUCUCUAUGACUUCCUGGAGUCUGAGUACCUUGAGGAGCAGGUGAAGACCAUCAAGCAGCUGGGAGACCAUGUCACCAACCUGAAGCGCCUGGGAGUGCCCCAGAAUGGCAUGGGAGAGUACCUGUUUGACAAGCACACCCUGGGGGAGAGCAGCUGAAUGCAGUACAGAUUCUUGUGUUUAGAAGGAAUGUC